UUUCUCGUCAUGGGGUAAUUGCGUAAAGUUUGAGCUAAUUGCGACCAAAUCUAGCGUUGCAGGUAUAUCGUAUCGGAGGUCUUCGAGCUAUCGCUGCUCACUUUCGUCUAGAUGAACGCUGGGGGCGCAUGGAGUGCGAACAACGUGAGUCGCACCUUUUCUUGUUUGGAGAGGUUACAAGUAUUAUCGUGUCGUAUUCUCUAUAUUAUCUGAUCACAAUUAGAUCCUCUCACUUUGUGGUAUGCUGUGCGUGCACGAGUUAUGCUCAGACGAUGAUAUGGUCGGAUAGAAGAGAAGAGUGCGUGAGUGAAGAGAAGUGCGUGACUGGUGUUUGCUACUCCUCAGUCUUCUGUGUAUACUUGCAGCCUUCCAUGCCAGCUUUUACAAAUGCGAUCAGUUGGUCAUGCACACGUCAGUCCAACUGCGUUCAUCCAUAAGACACUCCGCACCUCCAAGACUCACAUUCUUCUCCUAAACAUGUACGCGUUUGUUCGCGU